AUGACAUAAAGACUUGAUGAAGUGGCAUACAAGCCGCUAUUGUACUGUAACGGCAGCAUCUUUAAAAUUCGAGAAAACAGUAUCUCAUUUAUGUUAUCUCAGCCUCGCAAUCUCAUGGGGUCUCAGAGAUCCACAACAAAACUUAAACGUGGCAGUGGCAUUACCAACAAAACCUCCAAUCGAAACAAGACAAAAAGAGAUAAAAUGCCCACCACUUUAUACGUUUUCCACCGCACACACUGCCAGGCACUACCAGCAGUUUGGUCUUGACUCAUUUGCUUCUGAAACCCAACAACAAUGGCGGAGAUUGAAGAUGAGGAGAAGCAGCAGAUCAAGAGCAUUGGCAUAGUGGUGCCCAACCCAAAACCCAACAAGGGAUUUGCUUCAAAAGUCUUGGACUUGAUAGAGAAUCUGAUUGUGAAGUUAAUGUAUGAUCCUUCUCAGCCUCACCACUAUCUUGCUGGCAACUUCGCUCCUGUUCUUGAUGAAACUCCUCCCACCAACAACCUCCCUGUCAUAGGCUCUCUUCCUGAGUGCUUGAAUGGAGAGUUUGUCAGGGUGGGCCCCAACCCAAAGUUUGCCCCAGUUGCUGGAUAUCACUGGUUUGAUGGAGACGGUAUGGUUCAUGGUAUGCGCAUCAAAGAUGGAAAAGCAACGUACGUCUCCCGCUAUGUUAGGACAUCCCGUCUUAAGCAAGAAGAAUAUUUUGGAGGUGCUAAAUUUAUGAGGAUUGGAGACCUUAAGGGGCUUUUUGGCUUACUCAUGGUUAACAUGCAAAUCCUGAGAGCAAAACUGAAAGUAUUAGAUAUGUCUUAUGGGAAUGGGACAGGUAAUACAGCUCUCAUAUAUCACCAUGGGAAGCUUCUAGCUCUUUCAGAGGCAGAUAAGCCUUAUGUCCUCAAAGUUCUGGAAGAUGGAGAUCUGCAAACAGUUGGCUUACUGGAUUAUGACAAGAGACUGACACAUUCCUUCACUGCUCAUCCAAAGGUUGACCCAUUCACUGGCGAGAUGUUUACAUUUGGCUAUUCACAUACUCCGCCAUAUAUCACUUAUAGAGUUAUUUCCAAGGAUGGUUUCAUGCAUGAUCCUAUACCCAUAACAGUAGCAGACCCCAUCAUGAUGCAUGAUUUUGCAAUUACUGAGAACUAUGCAAUUUUCAUGGAUCUCCCCUUGUACUUCAGACCAAAGGAAAUGGUGAAGGAAAAGAAGCUGAUAUUCACAUUUGAUCCAACAAAAAAAGCUCGCUUUGGUGUACUUCCACGGUAUGCAAAGGAUGAGUUGCUAAUCAGAUGGUUCGAGCUUCCAAAUUGCUUCAUUUUCCAUAAUGCUAAUGCUUGGGAGGAGGAGGAUGAAAUUGUUUUAAUCACAUGCCGCCUUGAGAAUCUAGAUUUAGACAUGGUCAAUGGGCCUGUCAAAGAAAAGCUUGAAAAUUUCAAAAAUGAGCUGUACGAGAUGAGGUUCAAUUUAAAAACUGGUCUAGCAUCCCAGAAGAAACUAUCAGAAUCAGCUGUGGAUUUUCCCAGGGUGAAUGAGAGCUACACUGGCAGGAAGCAGCGUUAUGUGUAUGGAACCUUACUGGACAGCAUUGCAAAGGUGACAGGGGUAGUGAAAUUUGAUCUGCAUGCUGCACCAGAGCUUGGAAAACCAAAAAUUGAGGUUGGAGGAAACGUCCAGGGCCUCUAUGACCUGGGACCUGGCAGAUUUGGUUCUGAGGCUAUUUUUGUCCCUCGUGUUCCUGGAGUUACCUCUGAAGAAGAUGAUGGCUACUUAAUAUUCUUUGUACAUGACGAGAAAACUGGAAAAUCAUCAAUCCAUGUAAUUGAUGCGAAGACAAUGUCAUCUGACCCGGUUGCAGUUGUUGAAUUGCCACACAGAGUUCCAUAUGGUUUCCAUGCCUUCUUCGUCACAGAGGAGCAAUUGCAAGAACAAGCAAAGCUCUAAUUGCUCGAUCAUUGAAAGAACCUGUGCAAGAGAAAGGCAGAGCUGUUUAAAUUGAACCUGUUGUGUAGAUGGUGUGCUUCACAUCUCCACCAAUAAUACAUGUAUACAAAACAUUCCACUGUGUUUAAUUACUUGGACACAAAAUAACGCACAUCAAUGCGGUUAUAUAGUGCCCCCACCGUUUUCCCUUGCAUGACUUGGAAGGCAUUUUUAUUGAGCAAACCUUUCUUAAUAGCAAGGGGUUUGUUUUGUUGCUUUCAAUGCCGAUAACAGCAGCAGAAUUUGUUGUCCAUGCUAAAUCUCACAAAUGAGAUAAGAGAAGUUUGCAAAAGCUGGUUGUGAACAAGAAGAAAAAUUCGACAUAAACUGUUCGAUUUCC